AUGGACGGCGGUGCCCGCCUGCUUGGCAUUGGCGGUGUACGUUGGAUGCUCCCUGACACAAAAGUUCUGAUGGCACCGAGCGGCAUCCCCGGUGAUGGCGCCAACGUUACCGGCCGACAGGCGACGGAGCCAGAUGCCUGUGGCUAUUUGGUCCUUUUCUUUCGUUCUCUUUUUAGACUGGUGGUUCGUGUUCUGCUACAGCUCAAGCCAACAACUGCGAAUUGGAAGAAUGCCUGUGAGGUGCGCGGAAGAGCUCAGCUUCCCGUUGGCGGAGGGACUCUACGACUCCGUGCUCAACGCGAGAUGGGGUCACGUCUUAGGAUUUCCGGAGGGCGAAAUGUAGGCAUGUCGUUGUGCGAAUGGAGGUGA